GUAUUUUUCCUCCAGAUUUCUCUUCAGACCUCGAAGGAAAAAUAUCAGGCAAAGGAAGGGAGAGAGGGCGAAGGGAAAGUGAGGAGGGGAGAGAAAGAGAGAGAAAGAGAGGAAAGAUGGCUAGUGAAUUCAGAAAGAAAAUAUUCUGGAGGGCAGUGGUGGCUGAGUUCCUGGCCAUGAGCCUUUUUAUUUUCAUCAGCAUCGGCUCGGCCCUGGGCUUCAACUUCCCCGUGGUGGCCAACAAGACGUCGACGAGGUCGCAGGACAACGUGAAGGUGUCGCUGGCGUUCGGGCUGUCCAUCGCCACCAUGGCUCAGAGCGUGGGCCACAUCAGCGGGGCACACCUGAACCCCGCCGUCACCCUGGGGCUGCUGCUCAGCUGCCAGAUCAGCAUCUUCAAGGCGCUCAUGUACAUCCUCGCCCAGUGCCUGGGGGCAGUGGUGGCCACGGCCAUCCUCUCGGGAGUCACCUCCUCCCUGCCGGACAACUCCCUGGGGCUGAACGCUCUUUCAGAGGGAAUCAAUGCAGGCCAAGGGCUGGGAAUUGAAAUCAUUGCCACCUUCCAGCUGGUGCUGUGUGUCCUGGCCACCACAGACCGCAGAAGGAACGACGUCUCGGGAUCGGCGCCUUUGGCCAUCGGUCUCUCUGUUGCCUUGGGACACCUUCUCGCUAUUGAUUACACCGGCUGUGGGAUUAACCCAGCCAGAUCUUUCGGCUCAGCGCUCAUCGCCAACAACUUUGAAAAUCACUGGAUUUUCUGGGUUGGCCCAAUCAUUGGAGGAGCGAGUGCUGCCCUGAUUUACGAUUUCAUCCUGGCGCCCAGGACCAGCGACCUCACCGACCGCAUGAAGGUGUGGACCAGUGGCCAAGUGGAAGAGUAUGACCUGGAAGGGGAUGACAUGAACUCCCGGGUUGAAAUGAAGCCAAAAUAAAGAAGGGCAUGGAGAGAAGAAAGAAAACAAAACAAAAAACAAAAAAACAGAAAGUAAAAAAAAAAACGUGCGCAGAACAUUGGUUUCCGAAGAUUUUAUCAGUGUUAUAGACUCUUUGUAAACCAGCAAGCAGUACUUUGGUUUUUUAAUUCAGUACAGUUUUCCUUUUAUUUUUCUUCUUUGAUUUUUUUCCCCAAUCCUAAUAGCAUUUUUUAUAUCUGGGGUUUUUCAAUUACAGAGUCUUUAGGUUGAGAAGUCAUGACCUAAAUAACUGGGGUGAAGUUUAUUUAGGCCCCCUUUUCACAACCCAAAUAAAUUGGACUGAAGUUUAACCCCUCACUUGGUACCACCCAAUUUUGAGGUGUAUUUAGUGUGGGGGGUUCUCCCACCACAUCACUCAGUAAUGAUAAGUAGUUCCAAUGACCAGUUUGUUUCCUGAAAGAAUAGAUAUUGAGGACAGAGAACAACCUGUUCAAAUAAUGAAAGCCUUACAGCUGAAAAAACAUUUAUACAUUUAUACAUAUUUAUACAAAAAUGCAAGGCUGGCAUCUAAUGCCAGCAAUGAAUGGGAAAAAACCCAGUCUCAAAUCAUCAUCCAAAAACAUCUUUGGGAAGGAAAGGUUACUAAAGAUUAGUUGCUUUAUAAAAUUACCCAUCAUUUCCUAAAUGACUGAUCAUCUUUGAGAAAGAGGGACAGAAAAGUAAGGCAGGAUAAGAAUUUCCAGAGUCACAGGAUCUUUCAGACUUUCUAGUGUGUCAUUCUCCCUGAACUUGCCUCCAGCAGCUUGUGAGAGGAGAAUACACGUGACAAAAAAAACCAAACAAACAUAUAUAUAUAUAUUAAUUCCUGGGAAGUAAUAACUAGAAGUCAAAUUGGAGAGUAGCAACAACAAUGGCAACAAGAGCCACAUGGUGCCAAUGUGUAAAGAGGAUCUGAUGGUUCCUGUGACUCCUCUGCUUUUGUUCACCUUGUGUAAUUUAUCAUUUGAUUUAAAGCAAAACAAGGAGGAAAGAAGUCCCCUUUUUCUCUGACCCCAUUCCAAUAGCCAGCGCUGUGACAUUCAGGGACCACAAAAAGAUGUACACACGGUAUAUUUUCUAAAGAGGGACAAAUACAUACCUGUAAGUCCAUUUUGGGGGUGGUUGCUUUGUUUUUAUAUAUAUAUAUAUAUAAAUGUUUAUAUAUAUGUUUUAUACAGAAAGCCUAGUGUACUGUUUUGUAAGAAAAUAAGAGCAUAAACACAAGUGGAAAGAAUUGCAGCAGUGCUUAGCGAAAUAAAGGACACUGGACACAAGAAAGAAAAUAACAACCUAAAUGACGUGGAAGAUUAUUUUCUGUUUAAAUUUGUGUGUGUGUGUGCUACUUAUGAUUUCCUGAGUAACCCAAAGCAUUAGCUGGUCUUACCUACUAACUAUAGACUAUAGUUAAAGCAGAUCCGUGCUGAUACACUUGUUCUGCACUAAACAAUUCUCCAUAAGAAACGAGGUCCAGAGGAACUGACUGAAAAUCAGCACAUUCCAGCAUCCAGCAAAACCCCCCAGAGGUAAUGGGAUGGAUUCCCCUCUCUGAGAGACAGGGUGGGAUUGGGAGGUGAAGUAGGACUGGCAUAGGAAUCUGUAUGGGUUGGAUCAUUUCAUCAGCUUGAGCGGAUGGAAAACAAAAAAAGAAAAAAAAUCACCAGCAAAAUAAACCAGAAUAUAUUUUAUCUUUCUUGUCUACAUUUGAUGUGCUAUCCCAUGUAUUGCCUAUGUACAUAGAGCAUGAUUGGAUUUUGGGGCGGUUUUAAAAUAAACAAAAUCAGUUGUGCUAACAAAUGAAA